AUGGCCACAUCCACGGAAACGAAGAUCGUCUACAUCGGCAUUCUCCGAAACGCACAACCCGACCCGAUCGAGCUAUGUUGCGAGCGGGAGCUGAGCAGCUACUCCCGUUUCACCCGCGGGAGCAUCUCAGAAUUCACAACCAUGUUUAGCAAGAUCCUGACGGGGCACGUUCAGAAUAACAGUCGAAAGGAAGUUCAUGAAAAGGAAUUUGUCUUCCACGUUUACUCUAACAAUGAUGGCAUCACCGGUGUUGCUAUCACCAACGAGGGAUACCCCUCCAGAAUUGCUGCUGGGCUCAUCGGCAAGAUCGUCAACGAAUUCUGCGUCGAUAACCGCGACGCAAAAACUGCGACCGGACCUGUCCCUUUCCCGGCCCUCAAAGAGUACAUCGAUAAAUACCAAAGACCCCAAAAUGUGGAUAACAUCACCCAAAUCACCGAGCAGCUUGAGGAUACAAAGGUUACUUUACAUAAAACCAUCGAGAGUCUCCUGGAACGUGGUGAGAAACUCGACGAUCUAGUCCAGAAGAGCGAGGGUCUCAGCUCUCAAAGCAAAAUGUUCUACACGAGCGCGAAGAAGCAGAACUCCUGCUGCAUCAUCAUGUGA